AUGGAUGGCAGGGGUUGAUAAUAUAACAGUCCUGAUCCUGUCCUGUUAUUUUGUUUUACAAAGUUUUGGAUUCUUCGUAAACCGAUUCAGCUUUAAAUUGGAAAUUUUUUUGUUUUGCUACGGGAAACAAAAAACAUGCCAUCAAUAUUGAGUAAAUUUUUUUCCACCGAAUGGAAUGUCCCAUAUAAUUGUUAUGAAAUGGGACAUGGUUGGACACCAUAUUGUUCAGCAGCUGCAUUAGAAAUCGGAUUGAUUGUAUUUCAACAAUCGCUUAAGCUUUACGCUCCACUUUAUCUGGGCCAAACGAUUCUGCAGAAAAAAUUGAAUCAAAAAAAUUUUCAUGAAUGUUUUCGCAGUAUAAUACGUUCAUCAUCAUUUCUUGGUGCAAAUGCCUUCCUAUCCAUACUGUUUCUUUGUCUUAGUUUAAAUUUAUCCGGAAGAUUUUAUUAUCCAUUAAAUGCAUAUAUACCAAGUUUUUUUGGUUCAUUUUUGGCCAUAUUGAUCGAACGACCAUCAAGACGUAAAGCAUUAGCAUUUUAUGUUUCGAAUAUUGCAACAGAAAUUACAUAUAAAAUUUUAUUAACACGUAAUUAUAUUGGUGGUAUGAAGAAUGGAAAAUUUUUUAUAUUUUCUAUGGCAAUAACCGUAUUAUUAUUUCUUUAUGAAAAUAAUCAAUUAAAUGAUCCAUUAAUUUGUUUUAUAUUACAAUUGGUUAUUGGUAAACGUACGUCAUCAACGGUAAAACCUGAAGAACAAAGCAAAAAGCCAAAUGAUAAUGAUGCAGAGGCUAUAGAGUUUGAUGCGGUUGCGGAAAAAGCGAUCAAGAAGAAUAAUUUCUGGAAACAAAUACAAAACCGAACGAAUCAAAUUUGGUUACAAUUGAAAAAUCAAUUUCCAAUUCUAGCAUACAGAAAUCCAUUUUGUUACCAUCAUUUAAGUUAUUCUUGUCUAGAAAAUAUCCUAUUACAAAAUUUCCUAAAAACAUUUUCGAUCGGUUGGUUUUCACAAUUAGGUUUACGUUUUUGUUCACGUUUAAUGGCCGGACGAGUGAAUGAUGCAAUCAACGUUUUCCAAAUUGAUCAACUUUUAUCAUCUAAAUAUUUAUCAUUUGCAUUGUUUUUAUCAACAUUUUCAUCUGUUUAUAAUUCUACAUUAUGUUUUUCCAAUUGUUUUCACAAGAAUAAUGAAAAUUUCAAUCAAAAAUGGUCAACAAUUUUAGCAUCCACGUUAGCAUCCUUAUCAACUAUUCGUUUAGCAUCCGAUCAAUCAAUGAUUUUAUAUCUUUUUUGGAAAAGUAUUGAGGCAUUAUUCAAUGUUGGCGUAAAACAAGGUUACAUAACAAAUGAACGUUUUUGGAUUAUAUUCAUCUAUUCCCUAUCAUGUUCACAAAUAUUUUAUUCCGCAAUAUUGGAACCAAAACAAAUGAAACCUUCGUAUAAACGAUUUCUAGAUCAAAUUAGUCAAAAUCGUUUACGUUAUAUUAAUCGUAAUGUUUUAGAAGUUUUUGGUACAAAUGCAUCAAAUGGUUAUGAAUAUUUUUUACCAUCAUAUGAUUUACGUUUUACUAGUCGUAAAUUUCAAGAAUCAGUACUUAUUUGGCUUUUUUGAUUGAUUGAUUAUCGAUUUUUUUGUUCCCCAAACAAUGUCCAAAGAAGAAAGAAGAAGAAGAAAACUCAAA